AUGGCGGCGCGCUGCUACACGUCAUCAUCGCGCGCCGCUUUUGCGCAUGCGCAGAGCGAGCGCCUGGCGCAUGCGCAGAGUGGGGCCCCGCCCACUCCUGGCAACCUUCGGUCUAGAUGCCCCAACCGGAAGUUCUCCUCAGAGCGCGCCUUUCUCUGCCUGAGGCGAGCCAUGGCCGCAGGCCUGCCACCAGCUCUUGGCUCUGAGCAAGCCUGGCUUGAGUCUGCCCAGGCCUUCAUCCAAAAGUCCCUAUGUCCAGCUGAUGAGGAGCCUAAUGUCCAGCUGAAUCAGUCAGUAAUUGAAUGUGUGAAGACUCUCUGGAUGACUCAGGGAAGGAGCCAGGGCUUGACACUGCCUCUCAGCUACAGCUUUGUCUCAGUUCAGGACCUCAAGACCUACCAGCGCCUUCCAUGCUGCAGUCAUCUGACCUGGAGCAGUCGUGCUUACCAAACUUGGGCUCAACAGUCUGGACCGAGCAGGGCUGCCCUGCCCCGGGAACGACUGUUACUUUUAGGAAAGUUGACAGAUUUCUCAGGAGACUUAGAGCAGGAGAGCAGGAAUGGGAGCCUCUAUGUGAGAGAUAACACCGGUUUCCUGGGCUGUGAGCUCAUAGAUUUGGAUCUCUCUUGGUUGGGUCAUCUCUGCGUGUUUCCCAGCUGGAGUUACCUGCCUCCUGCCAAGUGGAAUUUCUCCGGGGAAGGGCACUUGGAGCUCUGGAGUGCCCCCGUCCCAGUAUUUCCCUUGCCCGUCAGUCCUGACAUUCUUACCCCGCUCCCUGUUCUCUACCCAGAGACAGCUUCCCGCUUACUCAGAAGCAAGCUUCAAGUUGAACAGAGAAACUUGGCUGGGACACUGGUUCGAUUGAGUGCAAUUGUGAGAAGUCAAAAGAAAACUUACUUUGUCCUGUCUCUCGGAUCAGCCUCAACUGGUAGCCGUGUCUCCAUCAUUGUGCAGGUCCCUGCCCAACUGGUGUGGCACAAAGCCCUUUGGCCUGGGAGGUCCUAUGUACUGACAGAGCUGCGGGUAUCCAAGAUUCAUGGUUUCCGUCAUCGCGUUUGGACGACCAGUACUUCUUCUGAUCUGUUGCCACUUAAAGUGGAGUGUGUCAAGAAGUUGGACCUGGAGCUGGAGGAACCCCUCUUGGAAGCUGACACUGAGUCACUUCCUGCGCUCAAAACCUCCCAAGACUGUAAGGAGCCAAAAGAUCUUAGCCGGGAAUCCAGACUCUUAUCCUACCAGGGCAUAGUUACAGAUGUGUUGUAUGAACCUGCUGGGCUCUAUGAACUGGAUGGGCAGCUGAAGCUCUGUCUUGCCUAUCAGCAAUCCCAUCGUCUCAGGCGGGUGUUGCGACCAGGAGUUUCUUUGGAGCUCCAGGAUGUUCAUCUCCUGCAAUCUCUAGGUGGAGGGACAACAGGGCCCGUGCUAGCCUCCUGCCUUCGUGGUGCCAUUCUUCUGCGGGGCUUCUCCCAUCGAAAGCCAGAGAUUCAGUCUUCCUACCAAGCCUAUGGGUCUUCUCUGUAUAAACAGCUGUUGUGGGAACGGCAGUUAGGACUUCCCCUCUACCUGUGGGCUGUCACGGCUCUCAAGGAGCUGACUUGCAAGUUUUGUCCCCAUGUGCUGAGAUACAGGCAGUUCCUGCAGUCUUCCUCUCCCGGGAACCCCAGCCUGGGGCUACAGCUAUUAGCUCCUAGUCUGGAUGUUCUAGCACCUCUCUGCAGCCCCAGUUGGAAACCGCACAACGAAAUCCUUGAAGAGCCUCAUCGUUGUCUACUCCAAAAGUACACCCCGCUGCAGACUCCCUGCUCAUUCCCUACUCUGGCCUCUGUGAAUGAGAAGGGGCAGCACAGGGCUUGGGACUCCUUCGACCCCAAGACCCUUCUGCACUUCCCAGAGGCUUCUCAUCUGACCAGUCAGGAACUCAAUCAGCACCUGUCCUGGUCCUGGCUCUCUCUGCUGCCCUCUGCCUUCCACCCAAGACCGGUUUUACUUGGAGUUCUGGUGGCUUCAUCUCGUACAGGGAGCCUGCAACUUCGGGACCAAAGCAGUUCUCUGCCCUGUCUGAUCCUGGCCAAGAACUCUCAACCACUCUGUGAUCCCCAGCUCAUAGGCUCCCUGGUCAGAGUAGAGAAGUUCCAGUUGAUUGUGGAGAGGACUGUCAGAAGCAACUUCCCCUCCUGGAAAGAGCUAAGCAUGACAGGCUACAUUCAGAAACAGCAGGCCAGAGUCUAUGUUCAGUUCUUUCUGGCUAAUGCCCUGAUCCUGCCUGUGCCUAGACUUCACCAUCACUCAACUUCCUCCUCAACACCUUCGCAAACAGAGCCCACGCUCCUCAUAGCCCAGAGUCGGUUGUUCUUGCUGACCGACAAGGAUGCACUAAUGAAGAGGAAUAUCUGUGUUCCCACGGGAGCCCAUCCAAAUUUGCCCAAGCCCUCUCUCAGUUUCUGUGUUUUGGGGCGCUGGCUGGGAUACACCCAGAAGAAGGUGGGAACUGAAUGGGAUCCACCUGAGCACACGGGAGAUGAGGACACAGAUCAGAAGAUCAGCCUCCUCUUCCCUGGCUCCUCUGUCCGCUGGUUUGAGUUCUUGCAUCCAGGUCAAGUGUACCGACUUGUAACUCCUGGCCCUCCCACAGCACGGGUGUUUGAGGAAUGUGGUUCAUCCUGCAAAUCACACCUGCUGCAGAUGGCUGGCUGUGAGUCCUGCCUCACUGUCCAGGAUAAUUGGACGCUAGAACUUGAGAGCUCUCGGGACAUCCCCAGUGUCCUGAGUGUCCACAGGGCUGAAACCUCUGUGCCCGAUCUGCUCAGUGACAACUUCAUCGAUUCUUUGGUGUCUUUCUCAGCGGAGAUUUUGUCACGGGUGCUUUCGGCCUCUCUGCAGAUGAAGUCUGGGAGUGCUGGGGCUGACAGAAGGUGUGUGAUACUAACUGUAGCUCUGAAGACUGCUGACUAUAAAUUUGCUCCUCAUUUGAAAAUCUACAUAGAUGACCCCCACCUGCCUCCCCCACUAGGACUCCUCCCAGGAGCCCAAGUUUACUUCAGCAAACUGGAGAAAAAGAUUUCCAGGUCGAACAAUGUUUAUUGUCGUUUUCGGUCAUCUACUUACGUGAGGGUCCUGAGUUUUCCCCAAGAAACCACAAUAAGGACUUCCCUGCCCCACGUCUACCUGGCUGAACUUCUUCAGGGUGACCAGAUCCCAUUGCAGGCCACUGCCUCCUGCCAUAUUGUCUCCGUUUUCAGCCUUCAGCUCCGGUGGGUGUGUGCUCAUUGUACCAGCCUCUGUCUUCAGGGAAGGUGUACUCGUCAGGACUCUACUUGCUCUACGCAGACAUCUGUAAGCCAGGCUAGUAUCAGGUUUCUAGUAGAGGAUGGGACCGCUGAAGCUGUGGUGACCUGUAAAAAUCAUCAUGUGGCCGCAGCACUCGGGCUGUGUCCUCCUGAGUGGAACUCCCUCCUAGAGUUGGUUCGAGGGCCAGGAAGAGUGGCCUUGCAGUUCACGUGUCCUGGAGCCCAAUUGGAGUCCUCAUCAAAUGCUAAUGAGCCCAUGACCCAGUUCCUCCGGACGCUUUGUACCAGCAUUUCCGUCCUCCGCCCUAUUAAGCUGACUUUUGAACUUGAGAGAAAACCCUCCAAAAUCAGUCCAUUAGAAGAUCCUCGGCUACAGCGAUUCCAGUGUGGAGACCGCCCCUUCCAGACAAAUGUAUAUCCAAAGAUCCAGUUGUCUUGCCUUUCUAUCCAGGAACCCACACACCCAAGAUCUGCAGGAGCUUUUGCUUCUUCCUGCUGACCUGAGCUGUAACAAUGACCUGACUGA